UUAUUCGACAAGCUUCGAAAAGAAAGACCUACCGACCUCCACAAAGUGCUGCCCAUUGGUGGCGAUAUCACGCAGCCGGAGCUAGCGAUAAGCGCCUCCGAUCAGGCCCUUCUCAUCCGUUCCGUGAACAUAGUUUUCCACAGCGCAGCCACAGUCAAGUUCGAUGAGAAGCUCAAAUUAUCAGUCACCAUCAAUAUGCUCGGAACACAGAGAUUGGUGGAGCUAUGCAAGAGGAUGGAUCAACUAGAGGCACUGGUGCACGUAUCGACGGCAUACGCCAACUGCGACAGGUACGAAGUUAAAGAAACUGUAUACCCUCCAUCCAUAGGUCCGGAUCAGGUGACUUCUCUGGUUGAGACGCUGAACGAAGAUCUGGUGGAUUCUCUGACGACGAAGUUGAUAGGAAACAGACCUAAUACUUAUACAUUCACGAAAGCUUUGGCGGAAUGUUGGCUGAAAGAGAACAGGGAGAAUCUACCCCUCGUCAUAGUUAGGCCCAGCAUUGUUUUGAGCAGCAUCUUUGAACCUCUACAAGGAUGGGUCGAUAAUUGGAACGGUCCAACUGGUAUAAUAGCAGCUGCAGGAAAAGGUUUAUUCAGGAGUAUGCUGUGCGAUUCGAACAAGAAAGCAGACAUAGUACCGGUUGAUAUGGUUAUCAACUUGAUGAUUGUAUCUGCAUGGCGGGUGGGGACGACCAAACCCAAAGAUUUAAUUAUCUACAAUUGCAGUACAGGUCUAAGGAAACCCAUAACAUGGAAAAAUUUUGUAAAUAGUUGUUUCAAAUAUAUGAGGAAACAUCCGAUUUCAGAAGUAUCUUGGUAUCCAGAUGGCACAGUAACCGCUAGCAAAACCAUCAAUUUGAUUAAUAGAUAUUUAUUACAUUGGUUGCCUGCCUAUAUCAUUGACUCCUUCGUAUGGAUUUCUGGAGGAAAACCAAUGAUGUUGAGGGUGCAAGACAAGUUGACGAAAGCGUCAGGGUGUCUAGAGUACUUCACGAUGCAGGAAUGGCAAUUCGAUGAUGAAAAUGUACGAAACUUAGUUACGACUCUGGAUGAAAGUGACAAGAAAAUGUUCUGCUUUGACGUUGCCAAAAUAAACUGGGAUAAUUAUAUAGAGAACUACAUUCUAGGAAUUAGGAGAUUUAUAUUCAAAGAAGAUAACGCCUCUUUACCGAAAGCCCGACAACAAAUUUCAAGACUCUACUGGGUGUACAGAAUAUUGCAGGUGAUAUCAGUAUUGUGUAUGUGGCAUUUUUUGACUCUGAGGAAUGCUCCUCUAAGAAAUCUGUGGAGAAGCGCACUACAACUCCUGGUUCAUUUAGCAAGGAUGCUGCCAUUUGUAUAAUCCAGAACUAGUUAGUUGAAGUUUUGCUAUCCUCUUCUACCAAAAAUGUAUCUGCUGUGACCAAAAAUCGGAAAGAAAGCGAAAUUAUUGAGUCGUAAUUAAUUGAGAGUGUGUUAGGGGGAACAGAGUAAGAUAUUUUGAUGAAGUUACCUGCAGUUAGGUAUCGAAUUUGAAAAACUCGAGCCAACUUUGUCGAUAGGUAUAAUAAUGUAAAGAGUUCUCCAUGAAAUCUAUUUAUUUAUCAUCUAUUUAUUUAACUAUUUAU